AUGACAACAACCAAAUGUUCUGUUAUAUCAUUAUUAUUGAUUAUAUUUGUAUUAAAUAAAAUUAAUAGUCAAACAUUAUCCACUGAACCAUGUGAACCUGUAUUAAAGAAUUAUUUUGACUAUUUAACCGUGCCACAUCCUGGUACGUAUCGUUAUUUAUCUAUUCAAGCAACAUUUAUAUUAGAAAAUAGAUAUGUUGCAUAUUAUAUUGGAUCUCUAAGUUAUGCUACAUCAAUUGAUUCAUUAAAUGGUACAGUAACUGUAUCAUUUAGUGAUCGAACAUGGACUCCAUCAUGUGGUUUAUGGUUUUGCCCUUAUCAAAAUUUUAAUUAUAUAAAUACUGAUAUACAAACUAUUGUAAUUAAUAGAUCAGGUUCCAUUGAAUAUAUAUUAAAUAGUUGGGGUAAUGCGAAGUUCACAGAUCAAUUACAAUGUUAUGGUAUAAAUGAACCACUUUAUACACCACCAACAAAACAAUCAUCAUCUAUGUUUGUAAUGACAUUACAAGAGAAACAAUAUACUAUACCAAAAUAA